AUGGCGUUGCAGAACAUAGGUGCUGUGCCAAGUUUGGUAACAAAGAUUGAGGAUUGCGGAAACGGCACAUGCAAGACUAAGACUAACGUGGUAAACAUGGUUGACAUAGCAAAAUCAUUGUCCAGGCCUGCAUCUUACAUCACUACAUAUUUUGGUUAUGAGCUUAGAGCACUGUCUAAAUUCGAUAAAGAAACUGGAGUUACUCUGGUGCAUGGUUCCCAUGACGUUGCUAAGCUUACUGGUUUGCUGGAGCAAUUCAUUCAGAAGUUUGUACGGUGCCAUGGAUGUCGGAACCUUGAGACUGAAGUUAUUAUUCACGCAACGAUCCAACUGAAAUGUGCUGCAUGUGGUUGCGUUUCUGAUGUUGACAUGAGGGACAAACUCUCGACUUUGAUUCUUGAAGAUCGCCUGUGCAGAAGGAGGGAGUCUACUCGACCAAGUUUUUUUUUCCGAUAG